AUGUUGCGCUCUCAAAAUGGCAGAAUGCUGACGUCAUUGAUGCUGCUGGUGCUUGGACUCCUCAUCAUCCCACACUUUGAAGCUGUUGCUCUUACUGACGUACCUCAAGAGUAUGAAAACCAGCCUUCAGUGACUCUAGCACCCAGUUUGCCACCAGAAACGACUUCCGAGUCCUUGAACACGGUUCUCGAGCUUGAACCUGCGCUUUCAGUGUCUUCUUCAAGCUUUAUCGGUAGUGCUCAUGGUUCUCAAGGCGAGUUUGAUGUAGAAAUUACUGCAGCCGACGUGUCUAUCGAGCAGGUCGAGGAACAUCUUCACAUUGUCCGUCAGCUUGAGCUCUCUGUGAACAAAAGUCUGCAGUAUAUGGACGCAGGCGGUCAAUUUGCUAAAUAUACUCAAGCUCAGAUUUUAGAGCGGCAAAACGUAAGAAAUGAAUUACUUUCAAUACAAAGAAAUCUCGAGAGACUCGCUUUAGGACUCAAUGGAACGCUACUAGAGCUUGAACACGUUGAGCAGGAGGAAGAAUUGCAGUCCAAAAAACUAAAAGAAGUGCUUGCAAAUCAGGAAGAUGAGAAGCGAGAGCAAAAGCUGGAAAAAGACGGAUUUAAAGAAGUGGACUAUGAAACAGGACAUUUGAAAAAUACCAUGGGAUUGAAUGCAAAACAAUUAAAAAAACUGGAAGCAGCGGAGAAGAAGGCAGAUCCAGCAGUAUUGCACUAUGAUAUGGAGCUUUUGGCGCAAGUGGCAGUUUUGCUUGGGAUAUCGGCUAUUGGAGGAAUUAUUGCGACAUAUUGUAAUAUUCCUCCUCAUGCCGGUUAUGUGCUUGGAGGAGCUUUGGUCGGACCGUCGUGUUUGGGUGUCGUGAGAUUGUACAAGGAAGUCGAAACAAUUUCGCUUUUUGGCUCUGUGUUUCUGCUGUUUGGCCAUGGAGCUUCGUAUUCACCACAACAGCCCGAAAAUAUAUUACGGAAGUAUUUUGUCGGUGGAAUAGCGUACAUUAUGUCGACUGUGCUGCUUGUUGCAUGUGUAGCAGUUUAUACCGGAUGGACACGAUCUUUCGUUGAAGGACUUAGUAUUGGCCUCGGUGUGUGUUUUUCGACUACUGCACCGCUUUACGAGCACAUCCGGGAACAUCGGAUCCAGGACUCUUCUUUUGGACGGACAGUGACCUCAAUCAUUGCAAUUCAAGAUCUACUUAUGAGCUUUGCACUUGGCACUCCGGAGUGGUUUUCUGUGCGAUCUGUUGGAAGUAUUGGAGUUGCUAUGACUGUUGCGUUUUUUGACGGCUAUGGAAGAAGUGCAUAA